GAGGCCUGUUGGUCCACGGUCGCCCAAAUCAUUUUGGCCAAUCAGAACACUGAUCUUGAAUCAGGGGAGAGGAUAGGCUAUAGUGAAGAACAUGUCUGGUGCAGCAGCGAUGUUCGUGUUCUUAUUGCCGGGGAUUCCAAUGUCCAUCGUUUGAAGUCUGCAUGUCCUCCAAAUGCAAGGAUUGACUUUCUGCCCGUAUCUGGUGCAAAGUAUGUGUCUGACCGGAAGGGCUUUAGAAAGCUGCUGCAUCAAGAGCUGAUGUCAGGUUGUUACGACAUAUUGUACCUGCAUCUUGGCUCUAACGAUGUUUGCUGCAAGGAUAGCAAUUUCUACCGUUGUGUGACUGAGAUCCUUGAUGUUGUAUUCAGUGUGUGCACUGAAAUACACGUGGUGCUUUGCGUGAUUCUUCCACGUGAUUUUGAUGUGAGAAUGUUUCCCCGAUGGCCACUCUCAGGGGCACAGUUGAGGAACUACUGCCAGUGGAUAAGGAGCGCAAACAGCAUGCUGUGGGAACUGAGUCACCAUGUGCCUUCUGUGAGAUACAUGGACUAUGCAGCAACUAAACAGAAGUCCCUGUACUUGUCCCAUGAUGGACUACAUCUGAGUGCUGAAGGGGCUAGGAGGUGUUUAGCAUCCAUACAUGACGACCUGCCAAACCAGCUGUGUGUGGAGGCUGCUGUUCAAGAUCCUACAGAAUGGCCAGCUCUCUCAGCCACGGAAGUACCGGUUCAGAAGCAUGACAGCACCAUAGCACUCUUUUCGGAUAUUGUGCAGACUGGAGCUCAACCAGAGAUUCAAGACAAGGUGGAUGCAAGUGAAGUACCAGUUCCCAGGGACAUUAAGCCUCAGACACAUAAAAUAACGGUUGUCACAGCCAGAGCUAAGAGGUCUGCAACCAGAAAUGUCAAAAGAUAUGGAAAGAAGUUGGCAAAGAAAUGCCACACAAGGUCAUGCUGCAGUGGAUUUGUUUACCUUGACAUUACUGAAGAUGUGGCUGUUUUCCUGCCUGCAUACAAGUUGAAUGGCUUAUGCUUGAAACGCAAGAAGAUGGAAGUCAAGACUGGUAAGGUUAAAAGGGAGAAACCUACCAUGACGAAAAAGAAGAACAAACAGGUCCCUUGCUACAAUUGCCCAAACUGCAGGGUGUGCUGUUCAUCUGAAGAUGCCCUGCUCGACCAUUUUAUAACGAAGCAUUCAUCAUGGAAAGUUGAUAGGCCUGACACACUUUUCAAUCAGGAAGAUGAAAUCAACGUGCCAUCCAACAUCCAUUGCCACCGAGACACUGAAGAGACGCCCCAACAAGAUGACAACGCCGCAAAUGAAGAUAAAGUCAAUGUGCCAUCCCACUUCUUUUUCCAACGAGACACUGACGAGACGCCCCAACAAGAUGUAGACACUUCACAGCUUCUUCUUAUUCUUUCAAAUGACGUUGAACUUAACCCUGGACCGAUAUUCCAGACAAUACCGGUCCCUGUGGAAGCGGUUGGCUCAAGCGAGAAGAUGACGAUAAUUACAGUGAAAAUGGACUGACCAUACACGAAAGACAAAGGACAUUAAAUAUUUACACAAAUUUUGCACCUGUAAAAUGUGACAUUCAUAUACGUGAAUGCUAUAAUUCAAUUAGUAAGCCAUGCAGAAUUCUUUGGGAUGAAGGGGACUUAGAUUGUUUACAUGUAUUAAGUAGGGAUACAGCAGCAGGAGAUGAAAUAGGGUGGGAAUUUGUAUCUAUGGUUAUGAAUUCUAGUUGCACUUUUUCCUCUUACUGCCAGUUUAAAAAUGAGAUGUAUAAAACUCGCCACAAUAAGGCUAGGUUUAUGGAUCAAACAGUUUUUUUUAAUUUUUGGUUCAGUUGGGCUUCAAACAUGAAAAUAGAUUAUUCUAAAGUUGAAACUUCUGCUCGAGGAACAUCAACAUUAUUUCUUUGGUUCUGUGCAGACCAUGGACAUUGCUAUGGUUUCCACAUGACUGGGGCAGAAGGAAGAAAAGAUCCCGCAUUAUCACUCUAUAGCUAUUUAGAAACCCCUCCACAAGACGUGUUUUAUGACUUUGCAUGUAAUUUACAAGAAUAUUGCCUAAACAGAGAAAGUGGAUACUAUAAAAAUGAACAUUUUUUUCAUGACAUUUUCCAUGGCUACUCCCACAAAUGUUCUAGUGCUUUUACAGCUAGCAGACUUCAAGGCUUUGAAUCUGUAAAAUCUG